ACCUGCUGCUGAAUCGGCCUCCGUUAAGCCCCUUUAUUGUGCACAUGCUGGACUGGUUUGAGGAGGAAGAUCAGUAUAUCCUCAUUCUAGAGUAUUCUGAGCCCUGCCGAGACCUGUACGGAUUCAUCCUCCAGGAAAAGCUGAGUGAAUCACAGGCACGUAGCUUGAUGUACCAAGCGGUGCUCGCAGCCAAGCACUGUCUUGACGGAGGCGUCUUCCACCGUGACAUCAAGCUAGACAACUACGUGAUCAACACGGCGACGAACCGGGUCCAACUGAUAGACUUUGGCUGCGGUGAAGUCGCCGAAAGUGGCAUUAAGGGGCAGUUCAUUGGAUUUGCCUGCCCUCCUGAAUAUUUUGCGGAUUUUGAAUAUGCGGCCGAGCCAACCACCGUCUGGUCUCUGGGGAUUAUGAUGCACAGAACGGUGUGCAGCUGUAACCCCCUGAGAAAGGAAGAUGGCCGCCUGAGUUUUGACUCCAGAGUCUCCGCAGAAUUUCAGGAGUUGAUCACAUGGUGCCUGGCUCUCAAUCCAGCGGAGAGAGCGACCAUGGAGGACAUCCUGCAGCACGAAUGGUUUCGUCAGGAACGAAUGUCCGGAGCCAUUUAGGAGUCAGGUAGUAUGACAUCAGAGGUAAGGCAGAUGAUGACAGAAAUUGUCCAAGCAGUGAUGUCAUGUGCUUCAACUUUUCCUCGCAUUUAUCCAUUCAGCAGAUUCUCGAUGUCAGCCGGAGUGAGGAAAGAGCAGAGAGUCAGGGUCCUUCAGCUUAGUUUAAGGGCCCUGACACACCAAGGAGACGCUCGGCCAAAGUUGGGUCGCCGUUGAGCGUCGCUCAGUUUUUUGCGGUGGCACAAGUCGAACCUCGUCGGGUGCGUUUUUGCCGAUCAAGCAUGUUGAGUCGGUACGGCACCAAAGGUGAGAGAGAACUCUGAUUGGCUGUUGAGUUUAGUCCAAUGAGUUAAAUGAGUCCAUGAGCCUAAAAGGGAAAGUGAUGAAGGCGAGCAAAGAAUUCAAGAUGCCGCAGACAGUUUGCAAAUGGUAGGCAAGCGCUGCUUUGCUCAUGUUUUUUUCUCACUAGAUCUCGCAGCAAUGUUAUUAAGUUUGCAGUGGAUUCAAACAUUUUUCUCGCAGCGCUGUUUAGUAACGGUGUCACGUGAUCAAGAUUGGCCCAUCUGUAAAACUACGCUGCCAAAUACUGGUCCGUUAUUGGUUAGUUGAUAAACGGUCCACGCUGCGAAGCUUAAACGGCGUAGCGUGGUUUCGUUUGUCGUUUUGUGUUUAUGUGCGAUAUAAAGGGGGGGGGGCACCACUGCGACCUCUAACAAAAUGUAGUCGCACCGGCAGGAAAAAGGUCAUAAAAUAUGAUCAUUUAGUCGCAGUCUGGAGCCUUUUAUAAAUAGGAGCAGCAAAUUUAGUGCCCCCCAGAAAAUUUACUUGUUGCAAAAAUGAGCAUAAGAUGAAUUUGACAAAACAAGAACACUAAAGUAAGCUUAUCCUAAGCGAGAUCACAGUGACUG